AUCCCCACUGUGGAGCCGAAUUCCCAGGUAUCCAGCGGCGGGGGGAUGUUCAUGAAGGAACAUGGAAGCAGAUGCGCAAGGUCCUUUUUACUGACUCGCUACUCGUGAUCUUGUCGUCUGAAAAUGAGAUGGGUUCUCGUGAAGAUCUUUCAACUCGUCGGCCUCGCCUUUCCUGCGUGGCUCUGCGAAGGCAGCACCCGGCUGAGAAGACAUCCGCCACCUCAUCAGCCGCCGAGCUUUAUCCAUCUCCGUCCAGCAAUCACGCCGAACCGCAUCUAUCGCCGGCUGCACCGACACUUCCGCGCGAAGUCGGCUGAUGACGGCAUUCCAUCUAUCUUGAAUCCUCCCGACACGCUCCCCCUGCUGAAUGCGACCCAGAUGGAGCGCUAUCGCGAGAAGCUGUACCUGUCAGAGGUGGUUCAGCGGCUCGACGACGACCAGCUGGCCACCGAGAUAGCGAAGCGAGACCUCCCUGAUCCAGAGGAGAGGGGCGAGCGCAUCGAGGCCAUUGUGGAUGACAUGAUCGACGAGGUGGAGAGCGGCCGGCUCAAGCAGGAGUACGAGAGGAGGAAGCGCAUCAAGGAGAUCAAGAGGUUCCGCUUCCGGCCGCCGCCCGACGUCAAUCUCACUAAGCAGUACUUCGACUACUGGUCAAAGGAGAAGUACCAGACGGUCGGCAGCUACUACUCUGACUAUGACUGGGAUGAAGACGGCGAUGGCACGCCGCCACAACCGGACCCAUCCACUCGAACCGGCAAGCGCCCGAUGUUCAAGAUCCAGGACAACAUGAGGCGGCAGUACUUUGACGCUAUCGUUCCUGACGCACCAGAGGGGGAGGAGGCGCCCGUGCCCUCUGAGCCGCCAGAAGUCACGGCAGCGCGGGAGAGGAAGCGACUGAAGAGCCAUGUCAAGGGUGGCGUGUCUGUCAGCCUCGACAGCGAGUCGACAGACGAAGCGUCACCCACGGCAUCAUCCACUCUAUCAGCACGGGAGGGCCAGAAGGUGCCGAUGUACAUGGUGCGGCCAGUGCGGGAGAGGGAGACGCUCGAGGCAAGAGUCGCCAACCUCGGUAUGCGGGACCCGCGAAGGGCCGUCCUGAUGCUCACCGACGUCUUCGGCUACCGAGACCGCUUCAUGCGCCGCGUGGCCGACCGGCUGGCCGACACCCUCUCCCUGCCCGUCUUCGUCCCCGACCUCUUCCUUGGCCAGCCCUGGUCCGCCGACCGGCCCCCAGCCGAGUAUGAAGCCUGGCGGAGUCAGCACGACCCUGAUCGUGUUGACGAUACCAUUGGGGCGAGUCUUCGUUUCCUGAAGGAGAGCUACAAGAUGGACGUCAUAGCGGUAGUGGGGUUCUGCUACGGUGGGGGUCGGGCGCUCGAGACGGGGGUGAGGUAUGGCGGCAUGGAGGAGGCCGAGGGGGCGGCGGUGUGCAGGAACCGGGUGGACAAGUCGGUGCGGUGUGUGGUGGCCUUCUACCCCACUCGCUAUGACGUCGAGGCCAUCGGGCGGCAGAUGCGUGUGCCGACCUGCUGUGUGUAUGCGGCCAACGACACGCUGCCUGGGGCGAGAAAGGCAGAUGCUGAGCGGCUGUACGAGGCCUUCAGAGCCAAUGAGGACCUGUUUGACUUCAUGGUGCAGAUAUUUGACAACACGACACACGGCUUCGUGCACCAGUCGGCCAGAGACUGGACCAAUGACCUGCAGGAGGAAGAUCAGGUACGCCUUGUACGCUGACGUGACUCUCACCCACACCACACACAUGCGCUGUGCUUGCCCUGUGUGUGCUGUCAUGUCAUGUGUGCUGUGCCUGCAUGCAGAAAGCCGAGAAGGCUUAUCUGAUCAGCACGAGCUUCCUGGAGUUCUGGCUGCCGGUGCGCGAGUACCGUGAAGACACCGACCACCCCAUUAUGUCGCCGUCUGACGCCCUCAGUGAGGAGCUGGAGCGGUUCGUCCGCAGCGAGAUGACCGACGAGGACCAGGAGGUCCUCGGCAAGGCCAUCCCCGUGGUCCCUGUGCCAGGCGCGGACCUCCAGAUGACCGACCCAGUGCGGGACAGUGAUAAUGACGGCAAGGACGACAGCACAGCAGCACAAGACCAGCCGCUGAUGGACAUUCAUCACGACCACUACGGGCGGGUGUCUGCGCCUGACGGCACGGGCAGCAGAGAGGAUCCGCUCCGGGAGCUCUUUCCUGGCGAGGUGGUGGCGCCACAUCGGUUCAAGCCGCCCAAGCUCGACGAGGUGACCAAGAAGCGCAUGACGCAGCAGCCGACGGUCGCACUGGCUGGAGGUGCUGGUGCUGGGGGGCCGGCCGGACACACGCAACCGCCAGCAGCACCGCUGGAUGACAUCUUUGCGCCCCUGCCUGACGUGAUGAACGAUGUGGAUGGUGUCGAGAGGCAGUACCAGCUGCCGGCAAAGCAGGGGCCGAGUGACGACGAGCCGCUGUGAGGAGAGGGAUGGGGGAUUUAAGGCGUCUGUGUAUGGGGGGGGGGCAUGUGUAUAGGGCAAGAGUGUAGCUGUACAGGGUGGUCGCGCGCUUUAAUGAAUGAAGGGAAAAUUCUAUGAAUGUUGGAUGGAUGGAUGGAUGGGACUGAUUCAGACGUCGACCGCUUUAUACGUCUAAAUCUCGUUAGUCAUG